CUCUCUCUCUCUCUCUCUCUAUCUCUCUCUCUCUCUCACACACACACACACACAAACAAACAGUGUGUCUGUGAUUCUGAAUGACGCUGUGUCUCUUUCUCUAAUAAUAGAGUUUCGCUGCUAAUGGAUUUGCGGGAAAACUGACAGAUUUUCAUUGGAGACCAUUAACAAUCUCCCUCGGACUUUAACUGUAUUUAUAGACAGGCCGCCGCACUGCAACUAUGAUCUUCAGCAGUCAGCGGGACAGAGAACGGCGAUUGUCCGGCUCAGGCGACCCGUCCUGGGUGUGCGAGUGAAAUCGAGGCCGCUGAUGCCGCGGCCUAGUGCGACAGCGCUCCGUUUCAAUCCGGAUCAGAAAUGGCUUCAUGUGAUGACAGAUUGACAUUGAUUGACAGAUUGACAUUGAUUGACAGAUGAUGCAGGUGAGCAAGGCUCUCAGCAUCACUGCUGGAGAAUGAAGCUUCAUUCAGACACGAAUGAGAGUGGACACACAUGUGAGUCCGUGUCGCAUGCUGCCCAGGACAUGAACCUGAACCACCGUUUGGCCUUGAGCUCCUGCCGGCUCAAAUCUGAGCCCGGGUCAGAGUGUUGCAGACCUGGAGGUCUGGAGGUGUCAGUGCACCUGUGUAAUGGUUCGUUUGACCAAUCAGGGCCUGAGAAUUUCAUGUCACACUGUGAUAAAAGUGAUGCUGACCCCGACAGACAAUGUCUGUCCGAUGAAGACGAUAUCACACUAGAGAUCCAACAGGCCUACAGAAUAUUUCAGAGUUUUCUUUCAGAGAAACACAAAGCAAUAGUGGCCCCGUUUUGGCACCCCAUUGGCCCCGGAGCACACGGGGAUCAGGCCCCUGACAGUAACAUGUGCUUCAGGAAGAUGAAUGAUAAGUUUGUGAAUCGAGAGUAUGAAUCGAUUACAGAAUUUGUGGCUGAUUUCAGACUGAUGUUGGAGAAAUGUUAUCGGUUUCAUGGUGUUGAUCACUGGAUCUCCAAACAGGCUCAGAAACUGGAGAUUAUUCUGGAACAAAAGCUCACCUUGUUGUCCAGGACCUUGAGAGAGAAAACGAUCCUGGCCGUGACAUCUAGAGGUCGCUUUGGCACUGAAGAUGAAAAAGGGCUAGUAGGCACAUCAUCCAGGCGCCGAUCGGUACCACGAAACCUGGCGGCCAUUACGUUGGGUGGCAGUGAGUCCAUCAUGGUGCAGGCACUGAGACUAGAGGAGCUACAGCGAGCCAAAGAGGAGAGGAGGCAGCGGGAACAGGAUAGAAAAGAGGCAGAGGAGGCGUCGGCAAAAGAAGUCGAGGACUGGGAGCAUUCCUUGCUGUCUUUAGCAGAACCGUGGCCGGUCCAAACCAUGUGGGAGCUCCCAGCCAUUGGCCACUUCCUGUGUCUUGCCCAAACGGCUCUCAAUCUCCCCGAGAUCAUUUUCUAUGAGCUGGAGCGCUGCUUGUUGAUGCCUCGCUGUAGUUCUUUCCUCGCUAAGGUCAUGACGUCUCUUCUCUGCCAUCCGCACAAGAGAGCGACCCGCCACCCGGCACUACCCUACAGGAAGUGGGAGGCGGAGUUGCGUCAGAGGGUGCAGGGCUGGUACCAGGCCGUCGGGAGGGUUGAAGCCCAAGUGACCCGAGCGGAACAGCUCGGACUUUGCCAUCAGUUCUUUUGGAUGCUGGGCGAGGUGAAUCCUCUAGAGGAAACGCCGUUCCACCAGCUUCCGUUUAACCAGCGCGUUUGGCUCCUCAAGGGACUCUGCGAUCACGUGUAUGAGACCCAGAAAGACGUGCAGGACGCCGUUCUCGGGCAGCCCAUUCACGAGUGCCGCGAGUCCAUUUUGGGUUACGACAGUGGGGAGAACACCUACAUACACUUUCCGCACUUUUGUGGCGCGGACUUGAGAAUCUAUCGCCAGAGUCCGUGUCUCGCAAUGGAGUUUCCUCUGCCAGUGUUCCACCUCAAGAGAUCUGAGCAGGAGACGGGCUCAGAUGGGUCAGAAGUCAAGGAGGAAAUGAAUGAGAUGGGAGGACUCUUUCUGUCUGUAGAUGGUGUAAAGUUAGAUAACGACCGCUCCUGCAAGAUGGAGCUGUACGCAUGGGGCGUAAACGAAGAUUCGCUCGUCGACAAAGAGGAUCUGGAUCAGAAACGUCCCUCAAGUGUCCUCUUAGGAUGCAUGGAAUAUUCUCCAAAGUCUUUAAGAGGCAUUCAAAAGUCCAUGGAGGAAGAACAUUUAAAAGAAGAGGAUGAGUCGGACUGCAAGCCGUACUUCCAAGUAGGCGACAGCUGCUUUAAAGGCAAAUCUCCUGCCAACUCUCUCAACUCACAUACUGACAAAAGUCCUAACAAGUUUACUAUUCACAAGACCAUUGAGGAACACAGUCCCUGUUCAGGGUGUUUUACGCUGUGCAAGAAAACAACACUGCACUGUUCAUUCUGUCGGCUCUUGAGCGACCCCAUCAAACCUGUAAUCACCCGAGCUAGAAAAGACAAAUCCACACAGGGGACAACAGAAACGACAUGUGCAAAGAAAAAUAAGAGGAAGAAAAAGAAAGAGAAAGAGAGGAAGUUGGGUAUGAGAAAAACCAAGAAAGGGAAAGUGAACCUGAAAAACAUAACGGCUAAAAGCAGCCUGCAAAGAGCCGCCAGCACCAUGAAGAAGAAGGACAAGAGGAAAAAACAAAAACAGAGGAAAAAGUUAGACAUGAAGACGACUUUGGUGAGGAGAAAAGUGGGAUCUGGACUGCUGCCAGCGGAACCAUCGUUUCAGUUGGUUUGCUCCAGUCUGGAUGAUCUCAGAGUUCUGAUCAAUAAAACAGAAGAUGAGCUGGAUGAACUGGACUGCGGCAAAAAGAGAUCUGGAAGAAUGCUACACAAAAGAGCCACUGUGAAAGAGUUACACAUCACACUUAUAAGGCUGCUAAAUGAGCUGUUACCAUGGGAACCAAAACUAGUCAAGGCCUUCCAGAGGAACAGAGCACGCUUGAAAAAGGAGUGUGACGAUUUCAAAAAACACCCCGAAUAUGAGAACUUUAUCAGGGAACAGAUAGAUACAGUGAAUACUGGGGAAGGUUUGUGCAAACAUGGAUUGUUGUCCACAGAAACAGUAAGAGAGUUGGAAGAUGGUGAAGUAAAAAUUGACAGGAAAAUGAAGGAAGAUUCUGAGGCGGCAGAGAAUGUAAACCAGCUUGGAAAUCAUGAAUUAAGAUGCCUAGAUGACAGACCUGAAUUUGUCAUGGCAAGUAAUGAAUCUGGACACUUCACACGAGCUUCAAAGCGCUGCCAAAGUGGUGCAAUAAAUGAGGAAUCGAGCCCGUGCAAGAGAGGCAAAAUGGACCCAGAGAGUUCAUUGACUUCUGGACUUAACGUGGAGGUUGUAUUCAGUAAACAAAAAACAGCAAUCACAAGCCCACAGACCUCUGAAAGAGCUUCAGUGUUUUCUGCGCCUGUGAGUAGCUUUCAGCCCAUCCAGGCAUUGCUAGCCAAGAGCAUUGGAAACAAAGUGACCUUAAUAAGUCAUCCUAAGGCUGCAGUGAUAGCUCAGAUGCUUCAUAACAACACAGCGUCUGCAACUGUACCACCUGUCCAACAUUCAACUACCUGUCCACAAACACCACACUCUGAACCUGUCUCUAUAGUAACACCAACUGCAACAUCCACAACAGAGAGUAGUGAACAGGUGGUGUACAAGACUGCAGGAGGCUUGGGGCUUCUCAGAAAAGGGAGCACUUCAGUGAAGUUUUCAGGGCAGCCAGUAUUAGAUCAAAAAUCAGGGGAGAAGGUAAUGCAACAAGUUGUUAUCUUGCCUUCGAAUCUACUGAUUCAAAGCACUGAGAAAAAGGCAGCUCAGGAGUCACUUAAAGGGACCUCUGUGUCCAUCCCUAAGAUUACAACAUACUUGUCCAAUGCUUCAGGGUUCACUCUACCAGAAAACAAGGUUCCUGUCCAGCAGGUGGCACCACUAAAAGAAACCAGUGAUGUCAGAACGCCAUCCGCAGCAGUAUUACCCAGUUUAAGAACAUUACCUACAACUACUGGAGGUUCCACUGUGCCUAAAAAGACUACUGAACCAAAGGUGGCCCUAAACAAAUCCUUCACCCCAACCAGUAGGAGUCCUACCAAACCUGAUGCUAAGCAGGAGCUGAGGACAGUGUGUAUUAGAGACUCGCAGUCCAUUCUUGUCACUACUAGAGGAGGCAACACUGGGGUGGUGAAGGUACAGAUGUCGGACCAGAGCGUAAUGGGUGCUUUACCAUCCAGCCCAAUAUUUGCCAUCUCUUCACAACUUCAGGCCUUCCUGGUGUCACAGUCUUCCACAUCCACUACACAAGCUGCUUCUAGUACCCUCGGUGUGAAAUCUUUACCUGGUAUCACUCCUCUUAUUGACAGAGGUUUUUCUCAGACACUCUUAAAGGAUAUCAUUCCAGUCAGCUCAUCUACUGUGGUUACAGGAACAUUAACUUCCUCAACCAUAAAUCAGAAACUGUCUGCUGCUGACAGUCCAGCCACUGGUAAAUCACCUCACCUGGCCACAAGCAAAAGCAGUGAUAGUGUCAUUUUAACUGUGAAGGAUGUCCAACGUGUUCAGCAGAAUACUAUAUCUAAAUGUAUAACGAAACCCUCACAAAAGAUAACUCUACCAGGGAGCAGAACGCCAGACCACUACAGCCUUCAAAAGGUUUUCCUAGUCACACCUUCAUCAGAUGUCCCCUCAGUGGCAGCAAAUGUCACCACCACUACUGCUACCAUGCCAGAGUCAAGGGUCAUGUUCGUAAACCACCCCUCUCCCUCUGACAACUCCGCACUUACCAUUCUAAAAGAACUGACAACUUCAGAAGCCAACAUUUCUUCUGCAACUUCUUCUCCAGCACUUGAAUCCUUGAGAGCCGUACCCAAGCUUGGGACAACGUUUGGCUGCACUGCUUCUGGUGCGAUGGCCAAUGUCCAGAGCAUCGGUGUUGCAGGGUUGACGCCUAGGGUACUUAGCACAAACAAGAACAUCCUGGAAGCUUCUACAAAAACUACACCUGUAAUUGUCUCCAGGGUUCUUGCAACAUCAUGUGGGCUGCAAAUUGGUCAGAAAAGCAAUGUUGUUGCAAGUAGAGGUCCUUCAGGAAAUAGUGAAAGUCCUCUCAAAGCAGUUCGGUCUGUUGAUGGCAAAACGCUCACAUUUUCAACACUGGGCACUGGUCACAUGGCGUCCUCUGCACUUUUAUCAGUUGUAAAACAGGAUGUUCCUUCAACUGUCUCGACAACAUUUUCAGUGUUAAAUGCUCUUAACAAUAAACCUGGGUUUACCGUUGGCAACUCUACUUCAAAUAUAUCUGCCUCUUUGUCAGGAAGUCUAAUUAGCAAACACACUACUUUAACAAAUGAGGUGACGCCACAAAGUAACAAGCCACAAAUUAUCUCACCCCUUUGCUCAUCAACUUCAGGAGUGUCCUAUCCUUCAACUAUGAGCAGCACUCCCGUGGUCAUGACCUGUGCGGUCCGACCUCCAACCUCUGAAACCAAGAGUGUGCAGGGAAAAAUUGUGAUCAAUACCACUGCCCCAAUUACCCCUGGAACUCAACUCCUGAUCAACAACACCAGAUUUGUCGUACCUGCUCAAGGCCUUGGACCUGGUAGUCAUGUUCUGCUUAUCUCAAGCUCUUGUCCUGGAGGAUUGCAAGGUGCAAGUCCACCGCCCACUGUUCCCAGAAGUCCAAUCAGUUCAGCUCCUCAUCCUGUUCCUUCAGUUGUUCAAGGUUUGAGAUUGGUAGCGCCACAGCAAACUCUUGUCAGACUGCCUACGCCCACCGCAAAAACAAUUGGGCCCCCUGAUGGAGUCCGUCAGCAGGUGAUCAGAACCCCACUGACUGCUCUACAAACUCUUUGUUCUGGUGUACCACCAGGACAACCAGGCCUGAGCAGCAUUGUAAGACUUCCUACCUUUCAAACCUCUGAAGGAAAAGGUCUCUUAGUUACACCUUCAUUGAGCAUGACCAGCUGUCCCAAAGAAACCUCUGUUGUUUGUUCUCUUGCACAAGGAGGUUUACAGAGCACAACAUCACCCGUGCUCCAACAAACAAGACUUGCAAAUACACCACCCCAAAAUCAAGUGGCACCAGCUGUACCACCAUUGAAAACUGCGAUUUCAAGGAAUUCACCAAUGGUGCCAAUGAGCAGCACAAUCUCAAGGAUGCAGAAACUUCCAGUUGCGACAGUUCCACCAAUUGGGAGUCCAGCCACUCCUAUUGCAACUGUUCCUCCAUCGGUGAAUAUGGUAGUAAUGACAUCUUGUCAACCAAUCAGGGCUUUGCCACCUGGGACAAUUGGACAGCCGGUCAUUUUCCCCCAGCCACAAGUUCAAAGCAAGUCUGCCAUACAGGUACCCUACAGUGCGUCGACCACCUCAACCCCUAGUAAACUAGUACUGAGUCCAGAUGGCGCCAUUUUGAAUAUUGUUCGUGCAUCAGCACCACCCAGCCUACGGUUGAUGUCAAAGCCAAUGACCGCUCAAGUGGGUGUCCCCACCAGUAGUAGUGUUUCUGGACCUGUUUUAAAUACAGAUGAUCCACUUAGACAACCAGAUAUUCCAGGGGGAUUGAAAUCUUUCUGGAGGUAAUCUGAUUUCCCGGUUUGAUUAUAGAGGAUGAUCUGCUCAGUGGUUUGGGCUUUGGUAGAACUCGCUGAAUUGUAUGGGCUUCCUUUUGGUUCCUUUUCUCAUCAUAUCAAAAGGAUCCUAAAUGUUUAAAUGACAUUUUGCCCUUUACAGUACAUAUUGGGGAAAACAAUGAAUAGGUUAUGCUUAAGUGUGUAAAUAAAUUUGGUUUCACAAAGAGCGAGAAUUUCAAAUGGCCAGUAAUGUACAUAGUAAAAGUAUUUGUUUGCUGGACUUUUUCUACUCCAUUUGUCUGCCAAAUCUCUGAGGUCAUUCUUACCUCGAACCCAUGUUAGUGCAUUCAUACUCAGGUUGAGUAUUAUCAGAUAUAUUUUCUGAUUCCGAUUUGGUUUUGUGUUUCCUCUAUACAGUCUAUACAUGAAAAUAAACUUGGCAUAUUUAUGACUUAGUAUGCCGGUUUUUUUAUUUUUUAUUUAUUUUUAUUUUUUAUUAUUAAACAUAUUGGAGGAUUAGGUUAUUACACAUUUGCCUACUUUGGAUUUUUCAAAAUAUUCUGAUUGUUUGGACCGCUUGAAAAGAAAAAUGAAAAUAAAAGCCGUGUUUUGUGCUUUACAUUGCUUUAUUCUAUUGCAUUAAAAUGUUUAAACCAAAUGGUGCCUGACAGUGAAAUGGCACCCUUUUAAUGGUUGCUUAAGAAAUGCAGCAUCGCUUCAUGAAAACGUAAUUUGCCCCGUGAAGGUUCUCCAGAAAUGUCCCAGUCUGCACUAGUUACUCACAAUCUUCAGGAUCUCAAUCUGGAUCACAUUUUGGAGCUUCAAGAACAUGCAGGUACCCUUUACAUCACAUUGUUCACAUUUACAAUUCUUCAUCUUCCAUUUGUG